UAUGUUGAUGUGCGUCCUCUUUGAAACAGUGACUCAGUGUGGUAGGCGAUUUCCUACUAAUCUAACUGCGUAGAUGUGCGGUGUAUGUAUUUAUAGAACCGAUACAAAAGAUUUCCUUAUUAUACCCGUUGUCGUUUGAUAUUGUGUACAUGUUUUAACUGAACAUACCGGUUUGUGGGUAUAUAAUGAGACGCUGGAAUCAUACCAAUUAACAACACCGUCGUAGCCGAUGUUACCUUGUCUCUGAAAUGGCGCCGUACUGUUUAAGUGGUAUGGUGCAAAUCUGCUGUAUAAUUCCCACAGAAGAAGAAGUAUCUGUGCCUGUUUGAAGACAAGCUAGUGCAUUUUUGAACGAACUGUUGCUCCUAAUGACAUGGCAAAUAAAAGGUUGGAAAAGCUAUUUGCGAUAGCUUGUCGUGCAAAUAAUAUGCUUCAUGUCAAGGUCUAAUAGUUAUUUACAAUGGCAAUGGAUUAAGAGUGGCGGAUUUUCCAUAACAUAAACACACUGAAGUUUCGUUUGCUUUGUACAUUAACAACGGCUGAACAAGUGGAUUCCUUAUUCAGGUUACUGAGGUCGGCUGUUUGUGACUCAUCUACGUAACAAGGUUUUAUUUUGUGAAGCUGAAAUUGCAUGGUCGUGAAAAUGAAUCCGAUAACUGGAAAUAUCAGUGGGUCAGAUACUGACCAGCAAAGGAUGACAACCCAGGAGGGGGUUCACUGGUCACUUUCGGACAGCGAAGCGUCAUAUGUGAACGUAAGGAAGGAUGGGUCAGAUACUGACCAGCAAAGGAUGACAACCCAGGAGGGGGUUCACUGGUCGCUUUCGGACAGCGAAGCGUCAUAUGUGAACGUAAGGAAGGAUGGCACUGAACACAAACGUGGUACUUUCGCUGAGAUCGGGAUCACUCUUAAAGUAGGAAAUUUGGCAAUAGUAAAGGCGGAUGUGAUUGUCAACUCUACAAACACAGAGCUCGACCUGUCAACAUCGGCCAUGUCCAGGGCUAUUGUCAGUGUAGGCGGUGCUAUUGUACAGAUGCAGUGUAAGGAGCUCUUUCCCCGGGGUAUGAAGAAUGGUGACGUGGUGCAGAUACGAACGUAUGUUGGCAAACUCCGCUGCAAGGAGUUGCAUCACUGUUGUCUUCCAAUUUAUAAACCGCAACAGCGCCAUGAAGAGGUGUUACGUCGCACAAUACAUCAGUGUCUCCAGAAAGCAUCUCAAGCAGGACGCAGCACCAUAGCAUUCCCAGCUCUUGGAACUGGAGUCAGGAACUAUCCGCCUCACACAGUGGCAGAUGUCUUCAGAGAAACCAUUUGGGAAUACAUACAACAAAACCCGACUUCUCUCAAAGAAAUCAUGGUCGUCAUCUUUCAUAAAGAUACAAAUAUACUUAAGGUAUUUCAAGACACGUUUGACGGAGAUGUUCGAUACAGACGAUCUACAACCCUAAAACAAGAGCAGAUGACGGAGUUCUUCCACGGCAACGUGCAGCUGGAAGUGAAGCACGGGAACAUCCUCAGUGAGUGCGUCGACGCCAUUGUUGUCCCCACAGACAUCAUGGAGGCAUCAGAGUCGAGCUUGAAGGCUACGGGAGCCAUGAUACUGCCUCUGCCCAAACCUCCAGCAAAGACCGUCACCACCCCGCGGCAGCCUGUGAAGUACAGCUUGUGGAAGCAGAUCAGCAAGUGUCUGUGUAAAGCUGACCGAGACAAAGCAAUGUCGCUCGCCAUAACAUACCAGUCUGGUAACACACAUGAGGAUUCCUUCAUCUUGGCUUUCAACAAGGCAAUAAUCAACAACCACGAGAAAUUUAAAUGCCUCCGAGAUGUGCGACUUGUCCUCAGUAACCCUGCUGCAGUGUCUGAAGCCGCACAGUUGUUCAAGGAUACCCUCAGCCAAGCGGGUGUCAGAAAAUACUGUAUAACGGGUCCGUCUAUCCUGUCCAAGGAUUGGUCAGAGGAUGUGUGGGAUAACAUGGACGACAGUGAUGUGACCACUCCGAGGGUCAUAUCGGGCUCAGAAGCAGAGGAACUGAUGGAGAUAUUCCGGAGCAGUGCCAGAAACACGUUCGAUAUUGUAGACAUACUCCGUAUCCAGAACAGAGAAAGGUACCAGAAGUACCAGCUGCUGAAACAGUCCAUGAACGAUAGACCUGAGAGCAACGUUAGACUUCUCUGGCGUGGCACCAACGUGGAUGAUAUUGACGAUAUCAAUACACACGGCUUCGACAUUGCACAUCGUGGUGACAAUGAUACCAUCUACGGAAAAGGCAUGUGCUUCGCCACAGAGGUCAGUUGUGCGACUCAGGACAAAUACUGCCAUCGAGACUCGAACGGCAUUAGGUACAUCUACCUAUGCCAGGCAAUCACCGGUGAACGCACUAAAGCGGACGAGACGAUGGCGCCAGCGAUGAUCAUGAUGGAUGGACCUCCAUCCCAAUAUAUCAUUUUCAGAGAAACACAUGUAUAUCCACAGUAUUUAUUUGCAAUUAAACAGCUACAUGGUGACAAUGGUGACUGAAAUAACUUUGCCCUGUGUAAAAGUAAAUGAC